GCGUGGCGCUCGGCGGCUGGCCCUCACGGGGAGGAGGUGGCGUUCCGUUGGUGACGUUAGGCUCCGGCGGCGCCGGCAGGGCGUUCUCCGGAGCUGUGCGGCCAGCUCGCCGCCGUCCCGCUGCAGCGCUCGCGAUGGGCGCCCAGGACCGGCCGCAGUGUCACUUCGACAUCGAGAUCAACCGGGAGCCGGUUGGUCGAAUUAUGUUUCAGCUCUUCUCAGACAUAUGUCCAAAAACAUGCAAAAACUUCCUAUGCCUGUGCUCAGGGGAGAAAGGCCUUGGGAAAACAACUGGGAAGAAGUUAUGUUAUAAAGGUUCUACAUUCCACCGUGUGGUUAAAAACUUUAUGAUUCAGGGUGGGGACUUCAGUGAAGGUAAUGGAAAAGGUGGAGAAUCAAUUUAUGGUGGAUACUUUAAAGAUGAAAACUUUAUUCUCAAACAUGACAGAGCGUUCCUUUUGUCAAUGGCAAAUCGAGGGAAACAUACCAAUGGUUCCCAGUUUUUCAUAACUACAAAGCCUGCUCCACACCUGGAUGGGGUUCAUGUUGUUUUUGGACUGGUAAUAUCUGGUUUUGAAGUAAUUGAACAGAUUGAAAAUCUGAAAACAGAUGCUGCAAGCAGACCUUAUGCAGAUGUCCGAGUUAUUGACUGUGGGGUUCUGGCCACAAAGUUGACAAAAGAUGUUUUUGAGAAAAAAAGGAAGAAACCAACCCAUUCAGAAGACUCGGAUUCUUCUUCCAAUUCCUCUUCCUCUUCAGAAUCAUCCUCAGAAAGUGAAGUUGAACGAGAGAGAAUCAGAAGGAGAAGACAUAAGAGGAGGCCAAAAGUCAGACAUACUAAAAAGAGACGGAAAGAAAUGAGUGGUUCAGAAGAACCAAGGAGGAAGCGCACAGUAAGCCCUGAAGGUUAUUCUGAGAGGAGUGAUGUGAAUGAAAAAAGAUCAGUUGACUCAAACACUAAAAGAGAAAAGCCUGUUGUCCGCCCAGAAGAGAUUCCUCCAGUUCCUGAGAACCGAUUUUUACUUAGGAGGGAUAUGCCUGCUAUCACUGUGGAGCCUGAACAGAACAUUCCAGAUGUUGCACCUGUUGUAAGUGAUCAGAAACCAUCUGUAUCAAAGUCUGGACGGAAAAUCAAAGGAAGAGGCACAAUUCGCUAUCACACACCUCCAAGGUCAAGAUCCCACUCUGAGUCCAAAGAUGAUGACAGCAGUGAAACCCCUCCUCACUGGAAGGAGGAGAUGCUGAGACUGAGAGCCUACAGGCCACCGAGCGGAGAGAAGUGGAGCAAAGGAGACAAGCUGAGUGACCCCUGUUCAAGCCGAUGGGAUGAAAGAAGCCUGUCCCAGAGAUCCAGAUCAUGGUCCUAUAAUGGAUACUAUUCAGAUCUUAGUACAGCGAGACACUCUGAUGGUCACCACAAGAAACACAGAAAAGAAAAGAAGUUUAAGCAUAAAAAAAAAGCUAAAAAGCAGAAACAUUGCAGAAGACACAGACAGACAAAAAAGAGAAGAAUAGUUAUGCCUGAUUUGGAACCCUCAAGAUCUCCCACCCACCGAAUGAAGUCCUCCUGUGUUAGAGAAAGGAGAUCUCGUGCCUCCUCCUCCUCCUCUCAUCACUCAUCCAAGCGGGACUGGUCUAAAUCAGACCAGGAUGACCGGAGUGCUUCAACCCAUUCUAGCAGAGACUCCUACAGAUCUAAGUCUCAUUCACAAUCAGAUUCUAGAGGGAGCUCUAGAUCAAGGGCUGUGUCAAAGUCCUCAUCUCGUUGUCUCAACAGAUCAAAGUCUAGAUCUAGUUCCAGGUCAGGACCCCGAAGAACAUCAAUAUCCCCCAAAAAACCUGCUCAGCUGAGUGAAAAUAAGCCAGUUAAGACAGAACCUUUAAGGCCAUCAAUGCCACAGAAUGGAAAUGUGCUAGUACAACCAGUGGCAGCAGAAAACAUUCCUGUAAUACCAUUGAGUGACAGCCCUCCCCCUUCUAGGUGGAAGCCUGGGCAGAAGCCCUGGAAGCCCUCUUACGAGCGAAUUCAGGAGAUGAAAGCUAAAACAACCCACUUGCUGCCUGUCCAAAGCACAUACAGUUUAACAAAUAUUAAAGCAACCGUGAGUUCAUCAUCUUAUCACAAAAGAGAAAAACCUUCAGAAAGUGAUGGGAGUGCUUAUUCAAAGUACAGUGAUAGAAGUUCUGGAAGCUCAGGAAGGUCGGGGAGCAAGUCUUCUAGGAGCAGGUCAUCCUCCAGGUCAUACACAAGGUCAAGGUCACGAAGUCUCCCUACUUCACGCUCACUCUCUAGGUCUCCAUCAUCUAGGUCUCACUCACCAAAUAAGUACAGUGAUGGUUCCCAGCACAGUAGGUCCUCUUCAUAUACUUCUGUUAGCAGUGAUGAUGGAAGACGAGCCACGUUUAGAUCCAACAGGAAAAAAAGUGUCACUUCAAAUAAAAGACAUCGCAGUAACUCUGAAAAGACACGUCACAGUAAAUAUGUCAGAGGCAGAGAGAAAUCCUCAUGUCACAGAAAGUAUAGUGAAAGCAGAUCAUCUUUAGAUUACUCUUCAGACAGUGACCAGUCACAUGUUCAAGUAUACUCAGCCCCAGAGAAGGAGAAGCAGGGAAAAGUGGAAGCAUUGAAUGAUAAGCAGGGGAAAGGCAGAGAAGAAGGAAAACCCAAGCCUGAAUGGGAAUGUCCUCGUUCUAAAAAGAGAACUCCGAAAGAUGAUCUCCCUGAUCACUCUAGAGAUGACAGUGUAUCCAAAGGGAAGAAUUGUGCGGGCAGUAAAUGGGACUCGGAAUCAAACUCGGAACAAGAUGUGACUAAGAGCAGGAAAAGUGAUCCCCGGAGAGGUUCAGAAAAGGAGGAGGGUGAAGCCUCUUCAGACUCCGAGUCAGAAGUUGGCCAGAGUCACAUCAAAGCCAAACCCCCAGCAAAGCCUCCAACAAGCACUUUUCUGCCCAGCAGCGACGGUGCCUGGAAGUCUAGGAGACCACAGUCUUCAGCCUCUGAGUCAGAGAGCUCCUGCUCCAACUUGGGGAACAUUAGAGUAGAGCCCCAGAAGCAGAAACACUCAAAGGAUGAUCUUAAGGGGGAUCACACAAAAAGGGCGAGAGAGAAAUCAAAAGCUAAAAAGGACAAAAAACACAAGACUCCAAAACGGAAGCAAGCUUUCCACUGGCAACCUCCACUCGAGUUUGGUGACGAUGAGGAGGAGGAGAUGAAUGGAAAGCAAGUUACACAGGACCCAAAAGAGAAAAGGCAUGUCUCUGAGAAGUGUGAAGCUGUGAAAGACAGCAUUCUAAAAGUCGAGAAAACCUGUGAUGAAGGCAGUUCUCCAAGUAAACCCAAGGAGGGUACUUUAGAGCAGGACCCACUUGCAGAGGGUGGACAUGAUCCCAGCUCUUGUUCUGCACCUCUGAAAGUGGAGGAAAACAUGACCAACUCUCCACCUAGCACCCAGCAUCUUGAAGAGCAUGUCCCAGGUGGAGGGGAGGACGUGCUUCAGACAGAUGACAACAUGGAGAUUUGCACCCCUGAUAGAACUUCCCCUGCAAAGGGAGAGGUGGUGUCCCCUUUAGCAAACCACAGGAUAGACAGCCCAGAGGUGAGCAUUAUUCCAGAGCAGGAUGAGUCUAUGGCACAUCCUAGAGCAGGAGGGAAACAAGAGAGUAGCAUGUCUGAAAGCAAGACCUUGGGUGAAAGUGGGGUUAAACAGGACAGCUCUAGCAGUGUGACCAGUCCUGUAGAAACUGCUGGAAAGAAGGAGGGGGCUGAGAAGAGCCAGAUGAACCUCACAGAUAAGUGGAAGCCAUUGCAAGGUGUAGGGAAUCUGUCAGUGUCUGCUGCAACCACAUCUAGUGCUCUGGAUGUGAAGGCAUUAUCUACUGUGCCUGAAGUGAAACCACAAGGCUUGAGGAUAGAAAUCAAAAGCAAAAAUAAGGUUCGGCCUGGCUCUCUCUUUGAUGAAGUAAGAAAGACGGCACGCCUAAAUCGAAGGCCACGGAAUCAAGAGAGUUCCAGUGAUGAUCAGACACCUAGUCGGGAUGGUGAUAGCCAGUCCAGGAGUCCACACAGAUCUCGAAGUAAAUCCGAAACCAAAUCUCGACACAGAACAAGGUCUGUCUCAUACAGUCACUCACGAAGUCGAUCUAGAAGCUCUACCUCAUCUUACCGAUCAAGAAGCUACUCUAGAAGCCGGAGCAGGGACUGGUAUAGCAGAGGCCGGACCCGCAGCCGGAGCAGUUCCUAUGGAAGUUUCCAUAGUCACAGGACGUCCAGCAGGAGCCGGUCCAGGAGCAGCUCCUAUGACCUCCACAGCCGUUCCAGCAGAUCCUACACCUACGAUAGUUACUACAGCCGGAGUCGCAGCCGCAGCCGCAGCCAGAGGAGUGACAGUUACCAUCGUGGUAGAAGUUACAACAGGCGGUCCAGGAGUGGUAGAUCCUAUGGCUCAGACAGUGAAAGUGACAGAAGUUACUCUCAUCACCGGAGCCCCAGCGAGAGCAGCAGAUACAGCUGAGAUGUCUCUGUAUAGAUUGUGUCUUAAGUGUAAAUACCUGGUAACUUAAAGCUUAAGAAACUGGAUGGCAGUCUGUUGUGUUUUAGUAUUAGACCUCAAUCCAAUAGUGGAUAUUUCUUGUCACUUAUUUACAUGUGCGCAAAAGAAUUUAAAGUGCAGAUGUCCCUAGAAAUAUUUUUAUGACCCAUUUUACAGUAGGCAACUAUGGAAUUUUCAGUUUCUUGAAUCAAGAAAUGGUAAAUUUGAUGUAAGUAUGAUUUUCAGUGUCACUGUAGAUAGGGUUUUCUGUAGAUCACAUUGUCUGUAGAAUUCAGAUUUCUUUUUGUUUCAGGUUUUAGCAUCCAUGCUGCCAAACAGAAUUGUGGAGAGUGUCUAAGGCACAUGUUCUCCAUGUCCCCAUGUCCCCAUGCUGGUUGUCGUCUUGGUGUGUGCUGUCAGAUGAGGCUAUCCACAUCCAUAUUGACCAUGGCCAGGUGUGCAGGGUGGUAGCUCAUGCCUCUGUGUCUGCAGCAGUCCGUCCCAGCUGUGGGCACCCACACUGCCUGAGGGCUCUGCCUUGUCACAGUGAAUGCCAGCCCAGCCACCCCAGCUCCUGCUUUGGUGCUUGGUGCCUUUGGUUCCUCAUAUACCCUAUGUCAUAUUGUCACACACUGCAUUUCCUGAUGCCAGGAAAUGAAUUGUGAUUUUUUUUUUUAAAUUCACUGGCACCAAAAAUAAUUUCUUCUGAGCUGGGUUCACUGUGAGUGUAGGGGCUUCUUCCAAACACAGAUAAGUGGUGGAGGUCCCUUGGAACAGAACCUGUAUGGCUGGUCAUCUUGUUCUGCACAUGUGUGCUAACGCGCCAGCUGAAGAAAGUUCUUCGGAAGCAGCUCCACAGACACUCCAGCGGCCAAGCGUCUCUCUCACUGUGGCAAUAGUAGCAGCCCUGCCCCAACCAUCCUAUUCCCUGUUUGUGUCGAGACACCCCCCAUCCCACCCCACCCCACCCCACAUGCUGCCCCCUGACUCCAUGAAGCCCUGCCUGAUGGAGGAAACCCAGGAAAAAAGUUGGGGGCAGCAGGGUCACAGGCUCUGCUGCACAGAAAGGGGUUCUUAUGGCUUUGUGUGGCUCCUCCAGGAAGAAUCUAACCUGUAAAACUAGUGUGGGUUUGUUUCUUUGUUUUGUUUUACUCUUUAGUUUGCAUUUUUCCCCAAGUGUACUUAAUCACCUUAGUGCCGGUUAAAUCCAGUUCACAGACUUCCUGUCAGGUACAUGGUGUAGAAGUCUGUACUAUCCUAUCCCACCCAGGCCUUGCUAGUGCAUUUGGGAAGAGAAAAGGCCUUGGGCUGGAGGAAAUUACUAAAACCCUGGCCAGAUGGAGGGAAAGUACUGGAUAUAUGAAAGUAGUCUUCCAGGGCCAUGUGGCUCAGUGAUAUAUAGCAUGUGCUUAGCAUGUAAGUAGCUCUGAGAUGAGAGGUCAGCACCCCACAAAUAAAUAAUGGUGUUACUCUGUGAUGUAUGUAAGCAGCAUUUUGGUGGCCAGCCAGCUGUUGUUCACCACGUCUGUAAAUUAGUUAAUUAGAAAGAAGGAUAACAUCAGAACUCAGUGCUUGGCGGGUUAGACGUGUGGUUUAUAGUGAGUGGGUCCUCCGCCCCCCCCUUUAAAGUUGCCGACAAAGAAGGGUGUUUGAAUCUAGUAUUCAGUAGGAAGAAUGCAUUCAGAGCCCAAAUAAACUGGCAAAUGUAAUUAGUAAGAAAAGGUCACUAUUGGGCCAUAUAUUCUUAUUUGGUUGCUGUGUAACAAGUUAUCCCAAAUUUCUCAGCCUAAGAGUGCCCAUGCAUCAUUGACAAACAGGCACAGUAGGGUUGACUCAUCUGCUCAGGGUCUCAAGGUAAGGUCUGGAAGAGCUCAUUUCUCAGAAGACUCUGGGAAGAGGUGACUUGUAGCUGGGCCCUUCUAGAGCCCUUGGUGGAUACCCACAUCGCCUGCUGUAGGCCUUGCCAGCUUCAACCACCAGGAACCCUUUGAGUCUUGUCUUUUUUUCAAAACCUCUGCCCUCCUCCUGCUUUAAGGGUCCAUGUAAGUAAGAUCAGGCUCCAGAGAUAAAUCUCUACUCGAAGUCCCAUGGCCAGAGGAGUUACAGACAUUGGCGGGUUCUAGGGAUUAGCAUAGGAAGAGGAAGGGCAUCCACCUACCACCUACUGCUGCAUGGACAGGGCUUAACCUGUACCAACAGGCACUCAUGUUCAGUAAUGUCAACCUUGCUGUUUAUACUCCAGUGAAUACGGAAAUGGCUUUUCUUCUUAUCCAUGAUCAUUCUGUAUUUUGAAGUUAUUUUUUUAAUAAAAUUGAAUUAUGUUGUGUAAUGUGCUUAAUAGAAGACGCUUUAUUGGAUGAUUUUGUAACAUCCUGUUUACUGCAAGUGGCAUAGUUGAUAUUGUUCAAAAAUGUAGAAAAUACUUUUGUACAUACUAGCAAUGUCUAAUUUGUAUAUACUUCUAUUAAAUUUCUCUACAACUUGAAAAGGAUCUUGUAGAAAUGAAAAUACAUGCUGAGUUUGAGUCUGCCUGCUUGGUCUUUCUUUACUCAAACUCCAGUUUCUGAUACAGCCAAGCGAAGAGACUUGUCCAUUGGCAGGUUACUGGGGUGCAGGAGUGACCUGGGAGAGCCUGGCAGAAACACACCCUUUGGUGGGAUGCAACUCCAGGUCUCCUCCCUUUGUCCUCAGCAAGUCAUCUGACUGUGGCACCCAUCAUCACUCACCUCCUAAGAACGACCUUGUGACAUUUGAACACACAGGUGAGAACCUGCUGGCUAAGCAGAGUGAACCUGCUAGCUUGUUUGCAGAGAACUGGGUUUGCUAAGCAGUGUUUCCCCAACUUGGGAAACUGAAAAUUGUCAAAUGUGGGUGUUUUAUUUUUUAUUUAGAGA